CUUGGCUCCGGUGGUUGGAAACUGCCAUUUAUGGCUAAAGGAAGAACACAAUACGGAGCCCAUGCAGUGCUCCACUGACCCACAAUGCACCAGGACUUUAUAAAAACCCACCACAAAGACCCCGGGGCAGUAACAGAGAGGCUCGGUGUGAAAGUGUGAAAGGACAGCACACAUCCUCCGCCAUGGCAUCGGUGACUUCUUCCAGCCGCAGAUCCUCCUCAUCCUACCGCUCAUCGUCCCGUUACUCCAGCUCCAGCUCCUACCGGUCGGAGGGCUCGCUGGGCGGGGCGUCCGAUUGUCUGGAUCCCCUCUUUGAGCCGUUCCUCGACUCUGCUGACCGCUCCAGUCUGUUUGGAGAAGAGGGGCCCGGGGGACCCAGCGGCUUGGCCCCCUACAGCCGGCAGAACAGAUCCUCCUGCGGGCACGCUGCUCCUGCGUGUGGCGCUGUGACAGGCCGUCAGAGCAGCGCGGGCGGCGGGGUGCGUUGUCUGGGAGACGGCUACUCCAUGUCCGCUGACGUCAGCCAGUUCGAGCCACAUGACAUCGUCGUGAUGGCCUACAAGCACCGCGUCGUCAUUCACGCCCAGAAGGUAUUGGAUGACGGCAGCGUCAGCGACACGUUCACCCACAAGUCCCUGUUCCCGGAGGAUAUGGACCCCCUGUCGGUCGGCGGCACCCUUCACCCCGAUGGCUCCCUGGUGGUGAGCGUCCGCCGGAGCCCCCUGGGUGCUCCCACCUUCCGCAGCGAGGCUCAUCUUUGACUUGGGGUCUCCUGGUGCUUUCAUGGUAUCUCGGCUAGCAUUUUAUUGAAAUAUUACUUAUCUUAUCAUAGAGUUGUCAGUGAGGUACACUCACCUAGCAAGUGGAUAAUGGCAUCAGAAUUUGAACGGAGUCUGUGAGUGACAAGAAUUUUCUUUUGUCCUCCGAGUCCGUCUACCUUUUAUAUCACUUCUACUGUACAUCCAUCAUGGUGACCUCUUGACUUUUUGUCGAAAAACUGUUUGUUGUUUUCCCUUUAUUGAUAAUGUAAUCUGCUGUACUGUAAACCUUCCAGAUUCUUAAGUUUAUUAGGUCAUUGUGUUAUGGCAGGUGAAGAAAUGAAAAAUAAGUUUAUCAUAAUAAAUAAAAUACAAAUCUGUGAGUUUUAUUAGAGCAGGGUUGAAGGGUUUUUCUUGCUAUUAAUAUCUACCACUGUAUUUUUUUUAUUUUGCUAAUGCCAUAGUUGGAAAUGUUCAAAUACACCUACACGGGGUGCCUUUAUUUGUUUGCUACGACAUAAUGAACAAAGACUGUUGAAAACACUAGAAAGUGAGCAGCUCAUUUUAUUUGACGGGUGAAAUGAAUCACUCACCUUGUUAAUUCCUGAAUAUAUCUUAACGUUUGUACAACCACAGCAAAUCAAUAACUUAGUUCUGUUCUUUAAGAUUUUGCUCAGUCACACAAUAAAUGUGUUUUUGACAGGAAACUG